UUCGCCUACAUUGAAACAUCACCAGGUAUUGAUGCUGGCCAUUUUACAUUACAAGGAAACAACAGAGAAGAAAUAUACAGGGAUGAAAGUCACCCUGGAUUUAAGGGCCAAAACAGUAACUUAUGAAGGUCUCGUCAGAGAUGUUACCAGCGCAAAAUUAGAGAUGUAUGAAAUACUGAAUACUAUGAUGCCCAGCGAAGUAAGUGGGUUCAACAAGGGGAAGUAUUCGUACCUUCAGGAGAAAGCUGUGAAACAGUAUGUCGCAGGAAAAAUGAAAAAGGAGAAAAUAACGGCUGUUUGGGAAAUGAAUGACAAUCGUUUUGUAGUUUUUGCUUUGACAGAUGAAGGAGUAGUUCGUGCUGCGCACAUCCUUAAAGGAUCCAUCCUGGAGACGACUAUUGAUGUAAAGAAGGAAUCAGCAUCUCUUUUGACAUCAGACAGAUGGGACAAUGAGGAGCAGAAUAUCAAAGCUGCAUGUAAUGUCUUGGUGUACAUAAAAGUCCAGCUGGACAAACCUUGUAUCCUCAUAUAUGCCACUGAUACAGAUGCUGAGAUGGUGAGAGAGCGGGUUGCUAAUUUCUUAACUAUGAACACUAUUUAUGACACCAAACUAACAAUUGGCACAGGGAUGUUAAGGUAUCUCCAAUCCCACUGUCUCAAGGACAUAAAGAGCAUUGAAGAUCAAAACAAAACUGACCAAGUUACUAUUAGUGUUGACAACCUUGGCAUUAAAAUCAAAGGAACAGAGGUCGGACUGUCUAAGGCAAAAAUGGCUGUAGGUAAUGUCAUUGAAAAAGUCACCAAAAAGGAACAUGUCUUACAAAAGCCGGGCAUUACCUCACUGAUGACAUCAGAUGAGAGUAAACCAAAAGUGAGUGAAGUAGAGAAAGCUCACGGUGUCGUAAUUGUGCCGAGUGAUGAGAGUGAAGAUGACAUUAGUGGAGUUGGGCCCUCUCCACCGAGACGAGAUGGUACACAGGAAAUGGCCAGAUGUUCCCAGCCCAGCUAUAACCUCAUGGUGAUGAUGGGGGAUAUGACCAACCUCCGAGUGGAUGUACUGGUCAACGCAGCCAACAGGGAACUUCUGCACAACGGAGGACUGGCCAAGGCUAUUGUUGACAAAGGUGGAAAGAUAAUACAAGAUGAUUGUAAUGAUUACAUCAAACAGCAUAGACAGCUGAUGGAGGGUGAUGUGUACAUGGGGAAUGCUGGAAGUCUCAGGUGUAAUUACAUCGCCCAUGCAGUUGGACCAAAGUGGCAGGGUGGGACACACAGAGAGGAGGAGCACCUGACAGAGGCAGUGAUAAAGUCUUUAGAGGAGGCCAAUAACUUCCAACAGACAUCCAUUGCACUGCCGGCCCUCGGAGCAGGUGUUUUUGGGUACCCCCCCAACAAAGCGACCAGAACCAUUGUAGAGGCUAUCGAUGAUUUCUACACAGACAAUCCUAGAAACUGCAUACGCGACGUUUACCUGUGUGAUGUCAGUCAGAAAAAUGUGGACCUUUUUAUUAAGGCACUCCAGAACAAGUUUGGACCCAAAAAUGUCAUCAUUUCAGAUUCUAGUGGAGGGGCCAGAGACAAAUGGUCUGCACCCAAGGCCAAACCAAGGAAAGGCUGGAAGAAGGCAGCACCAGAUGCAACACCCUCAUAUGAUGCAGCCCGAAUUCCGAUAAACAUCUCUAUAAAGCUAGUGGAGGGACAAAUAGCCCAGCAGAAGGUUGAUGUGAUUGUAAACACCUGCUCAAAGGAUCUUAAAUUGAGCAAUGGAGCGGUGUCCUCCUCCCUUCUGGCCGCAGCAGGACCUCAGAUACAAGCAGAAUGUGAUCAAAAUUACCAGGGCAUUGCAUUCGGUGAAAUUGCCAUUACGGCAGGCUACAACCUCAAGUGUCAGCUUGUCUGCCACGGCUCUCUGCCGCGUUGGGACGGUGGAGCUACAUCUCUGAGUGUCCUGCAGAAGUUUAUGAUGGCAUGUUUGAAUGAGGCCUCCAAAAGAGGCUAUGAAUCUGUAGCAUUCCCUGCCAUGGGAACUGGUAACCUUAGCUACCCACGUGAUAUUGUGGCCAGGGAAAUGUACAAGAUUGUGUCCAAAUAUUCCACUCAGAAUCCAACCAGUCCUGUGACAAAUGUCAUGUUUGUCAUUUAUGACAAGGAUGCUCCAACCAUCAAAGCAUUUAGAACUGUAGACAAAUCUCAGGGCAUGUCUCAUGGCCGAGGUGGUGGACACCGACACACACGGACAUUCGGAAACGACAAACAGGAAGGAAUGGACAACCAAGGUGCAGCGGCAUCACAGACGAGAGAUACAUAUCAGGAAGUCACAGUGGACAUUGAGAAUAUUGAACUGAAGAUCUAUCAAGGGGACAUAACUAAGGCUAAAGUUGAUGCCAUUGUAAAUGGGACAAAUGCUGAUUUUGAUUUAACAAGAGGAAUAGUGUCGAAUACUAUCCGUACUAUUGGAGGAAAUGGCCUACAGAGACAGGUGAAGAGGUUAGAAAGUAAAAUGAAGACUAACGGAGUAGCAGUGACAACCAAUGAUCCAGGAUCUGUAAUGCCAUGUGAAAUGAUUAUUCACAUUGAUGUGGAAGAGAGAGGACGGUCGGACUGGAAAUCAAAAUUUCUGUUGGCCAUGAAUAAAGCUGAUGAAAUGAGUGUAUCAUCUGUAGCCUUCCCUGCUAUGGGCACAAGCAAGGCCUUUAGUACCACACCUGAAGAAAUAGCCACUAGUUUUGUAGAUGCCUUGGUCGAAUUUAUAGACCAAGAUCCAGACAGCAUUAAAGAAAUCCAUAUGGUGAUAUUUGAUCGACCAAUGAUUCAAAAGUUCAUCAUUGCCAUGCAGACUAGGUUUCAGAAACACAAACAGAAAAAGCCAAAGUCUUUUUUCAACCUGUUUGGUGGAAAACCCUCCCAGGAUCAGAGAUUCCAAUGGGACCCAAAAAUCAAAGUCAUCCUUCAGGACAAAUUCCAGUUCCCUAUAACUGUGUAUGGGCCUGAUAGGGCAACCAUAUCAGCUGCAAUAGAUUUGUUGGAGAAACUCCUGGAGAAGAAUUACAGAGAUAAAGUUUUCAAUGAGGAUAUUGUCAAAAGCUUCUCCAAGAAACAGGAAGAGCAAGUUUAUGAACUUGGAGCAAAACACAGCAUUGAAGUCAAAGUUGAUGUACGUCUUGGAAGGAUACGGCUUAUUGGUCUACUAGAAAAAAUCACCGAUGCAUCUGAUGAUGUUAAUAAGAUGAUCAGAGAUUGUGAAAGAAAGAAAAUGCAGAAACAGGAGGCGGAAUUGAUCGGAGAUAUGGUCCAGUGGCAUUUCAUCGAUGUAACAGGCAGUGGGGAAAAGUUUGAGGAGUAUCCACCUGAAAUAAACCUUUUACUGGAGAAGGGGUUUAGGGAUCAGAAAGAUAAGAUUAAAUUUCCUGAUAAUGGAGGACAUAUCUAUGUGGUCGACUUGAAUGCUUUAGAAGAAUUUCCAGAAAAUGACCGUACUGAUCGUGUGAAAGUUGUCCGCAAAACCAAACUGGCAGAUGCAACAUUUGAGUCUCCGACAGAUUGGUCUGCUAUGGCAGAUAAAGACAACCUGAGUGUAGUACCCCUGACAACAACCGACCCAGCAUUCACCAGUGUUCAACAGCAGUUUCUAGCCUCUGUUGGAGGAGCACGUACUGUUAUCAAGAUUGAGAGGAUUCAAAACAGGACCCUUUAUCAGCAGUAUGUAGCUAAGAAAAAAUUGGUCGAUAUUCAAAACAGUCAAAAUAAACAAAAUGAAAAAAAGUUGUGGCAUGGAACUGCCACUGAGACUGUAGCCAGUAUCAACUCACAUGGCUUUAAUCGUAGCUAUUGCGGUAAGAAUGCUACUGCAUUUGGGGAUGGGGUUUACUUUGCUGUCAAUGCAAGUUAUUCUGCUUCCACAACAUAUUCAAGGCCUGAUCCCAGUGGACACCAGAGGAUGUACCUGUGUAAGGUGAUAACAGGGGAGUUUACUCAAGGAACUCGUGGGAUGAGAGUUCCCCCAGCAAAGGGUCAGGCUCACUUAUUGUACGACUCAGUUGUGGACACUCCAGCCAACCCCGGGAUGUACAUCGUGUUUAACGACACUCAAGCUUAUCCAGAUUAUUUGAUAACAUUUCAGUGACCUGAAUGACUUUUUGUGAUGAACUAUAAAAUCUUAAUCAAAGAUAAUUUAUGUGCAGGAUAUAUUUGCAUGAUUGUUAACAAACUGGUUAAACCAGCCAUUGACAUCUUUAAAACUACAAUUUGAUUGUUCAGUGUUAGAAAUUUCUUUUUAAAUUCAUAUUACUUGACAUUGUAUAUUAAUUCUUUAAGGUUUUCAAAUUGUAUGCAGACUACCUUCAUAGUUGUAAAUGAAAACUGAUUUACGUGCUGAACUGACUGGGAAAAAGACGCUUACAAAUGUAUGUGCCAUAAUCAUAUGCCAGUUGCAAUUAUGCAAUUGCACAGUAUAUAUUGUAAACGCUCCAUCCGCAAAUACUGUUAUAAAUCUGCACAUUUGCUGAUAUGAGGUUGCUUAAUUGUCCAAAUCCUCAUUUACCUGAUCAAAUGCUCCUAAUGCAUAAUGCAGUAGGGGAAUUAAAUGUGAACUUAGAUUCUGUUUCUUUGAACAUCCACACCAAUUAGACAACACAGAGGCAGCCCAGUAGCAUUCUACUUCAACUUUCGAUCACACUUCAAAUUGGAAACGAUCGGAAUACUACUAGUUACACCAACUCUUUACCAUGACAACAUUAGGGAACAAUGUCCAAGGGUAAUAGUAGCAUCCUCAGUCAGUCAUAUUACCUCAGAUUUAUAGUUUUUAGUUCACCUGAGACAAAGUCUCAAGUGACCUAUUCUUCUCCAAAACCACUAAAUCAAAUUCAAUGAAAUUUGACAGGAAGCUUCCAUGGCCUAUAAGCUAGGUCACCCAAAGUUGUGAAUUAAAUGGUAUGGUCCCAACCCCCCAGGGGCCUGAGGGGCGGGGUCAAAAAGAGUCAAAUUGUCUAAAAUGGGGGGAAAGUAAAGUUUACUACGGUUUAUAUAUAGGGAAAUCACAAUUUUGAGCAUUAUUUGUUUCCCCUGCCAUUGGAAAUAAUACAAACUUGGUUAAAUUUAUCAGUAUGGCAUGCCUGAUGUAAACUACAUGUAUAUUGGUACUGACUGACCCCCAGGGGCUUAAUGACAGGGCCAAAAAGUGUAAAAUUAACUUAAAUUUCAAAACACUUCUUCUAAAAACCCAAAUAAGGUAGAAUCAAAUACUCUUCAUAGAUGAAAGGGUGUUCAGGUGCUUUAAAUUACCAAAAUUGUGAAUUUCAUGACCCUGGUGUCACAUGUUUGCCCCUUGGGAGGGGGUAAUUUUUACCAUAGCUUAUAGAGGUAAAGCACAUUUCACAAUUCACAAUUUUUGCAAUUCACAUGCUCUAAAUGAUUUUGCUGAAAUUUAUCAACAUUUCCCAUAAAUAUCAGUCAAAGGAGAAUUCUUUUAUCCUUGUCUGGGUAACUGUGAUUAGACCUGCACAUGUGAUACAGACUAUUUUAAUGGUUGUUAUCAACCUUCUGUUUAUAAUCCUAUCAUUUUGCAGCAUUAAAAGUAUUCUCAAUGAUUUAACAGGAAUAUGUAGCAAUUAUAUAAACGGUAUUACAGUGCAGUGUCAUUGACAGUUGUAUGGUGCAUUCCAGCUAGAGCCCCUUUCUACUGUGAAUCGUGACUGCUUUUCUGGAGAAGGUUUAACUAAAGAAGCAGCCAAGUUUCCUCCUACAGUAAAACCGCCGGACCCUUUUCACUUUUCCUUCUGAGCCAGAACAAGUGAAGUUAAUUUUUCAGUUGAUGAAGCUUGCUUCAUAAUUCUUUGUUAAAUGAUUUAGAAAUUGAUAUUAAUAUUUAGCAUUCUCUAUAUUUAUUGAUAAAUAUAUUGUGAUCAUUUAUAUGCAAGUUAUUGUUGGUAGAUGUAACGUGUAACAUGGUUUUAUAUAGCCCUGUAUAAGUCGUAAAUACUAGUUCUGGUUGAUGGUCAUAUCUUUUUCCUCUGCUGAUCAUGUUUCUCAUGAAACAAAACAACCAAUUAUAAAUAAACUAAUGUUACUGUACCUUA